GGUGUCGCGUCCGUCUGCGGUGAGCGGCGGCCCUGAGAUCGCGAGGAUGGCGCCCUCCACCACAGUCACGAGGCGGGUAAAGCGCAAGGCGCCCCGCGCCUUCCUCAAGCGCACCCUCAAGCAGAAGAAGCCGCACCUAGGCCUGGGGAGGUGCUGCGACCUCCUGAUCCAUUUGAAUUGCCUACUUUUUGUUCAGCGAUUGGCAGAAGAGUCCAGGACAAAUGCUUGUGAAAAUAAAUCUGGAGUUAUCAAAAAGGAUCAUAUACUGGCUGCAGCAAAGGUAAUUCUGAAGAAGAGCAAAGGUUAGGGGUCAACAUGUGCUUAAGCAUUAUAUGAUGUAUUAAGUCGUAACAGAUCAAAGAAAUACUUUGUAUGUAUCAGUUUAUAUUGUGGUUUAUUAAAACACUGAGGAAUUAUGCUUUAUUCAUUAAUGGCUUCUGAGUUUCUUUUGUGUUGCUGUGUUGUUGCUUAGUGUAUCAAAAAUGAAACCAUGCUGUAUUGAAUAGCUUGAAGAGAUGUGUACUCCUUCGACUAAAGUUUAUGUCUUUGAAUUUAACCAGAAUUAUGUAGUGAAUUUAACUUCUAAGAAAGCAAUGUACAGUAAAAUCUGGGUACAUUUUAAAUAUGUUAAUAUUGCAUGAAUUCACAAAACACUAGUUUUUUGUUACACUAGUAGUAAUAGUAAAAUUUCUCAACUAGAAGAUUGUAAGCAUCAACUAAAGUUUUUACAAACUUGUUUCCAUCUAUAAGCCACAAACUAGAAGAUGUGAAUCAAACUGACAUGUUUUCUUCAGUCGUGGAAUUUAGUAGAUAAGACAUUUUCCCAUGUCAUUCUUUUGGAAGAUUACUAUAUAAUAUUCAGUUUUCAUUUUUGUUCUGAGAUAAUUCAGAUAGUAUAUGAAGUUACAAAGCUAAUAUAAACAUACAUUCUACACUAAACACCCAGUUUCCUCAAUGCUUAUAUAGAAUAUAUAGUGCAAUAUAUCAAAAGCAAGACUUUGGUAAUUGGAUCAGUAUAUAUGUAGCUCUGUGCUAUUUUAUCAUGUGUACAGAUUUAUGUAAUUAUAUGUGACCAAUAUAUAGAACUACUUCAGUACCACAGAGGUCUUGUUGAUUUAUACUCUACCAUGUCCUCUACCAGUCUGCCACCCUAACCGGCUUUUCUCCAGCUCUAUAGUUUUGAGAAGGGAAGCAUGUCAGAAAUAAGCAUUGGAGAUGGUUUCACUCCGCGUAACACCCUUGUGUUCUGUUCACUGCCGAGUGUGGAUGCACCAGAUUUUGUAAAGCUGGUUUGCCUAUUGAAGAGCAUUUUGCUUUGUUGAAUUUGGGGAUUGCUAUAAAUAAAAUUUCUAUGAAUGAUUGUAAACAUUUUUUUAAAUCUGUAUAAGUUUUCACUUUUUUUUUUCUAGGAAAAAUGCCUAGAAGUUUGAUUGAUAGGUCAAAUGGCAAAUCUGUGUUUAACUUAAAAACAAAACAAAACAAAGAAAUAAAAACUACAUAGCUAA